UGACGCGCGUGCAGGUGUGUUUAAAAAAAGGGGGAGGAGGGGGAGUCAUGUUGCUGACAUUUCCGGGCGCGUGCUCUGAUUGGCUCCUAAGCUCACGGGUUCUUUCAACUAAUAAGCGCCUCCCCGUCGCUCUAAAGGACAUUAUAAUGCAAGGGACCUCCUUUUUUAACCACAAACCGAAUUUUCGUUCAUUUAGACCAUAUAUACUUUUUAAAUUGCCCUAAAGUUGCAGGGUUUUUUUGGGAGGCAUUUCGCCCUGGAGCGGUACGCCAUGCUCUCUCAUGCCGACCUCCUGGAUGCUCGGCUCGGUGAGUUAUCAUCACUAAACUCCGGCCCUAAACUCCAGUGGAUGAAGGAUGCUGCAGAGCUGCUCGGACACAGAGAAGCUCUCAAGUGCCGGCUGGGAGGUGGAGUUCCGGACCAGGGGCAUCCAGGAGACAUGGCCCCUGGUUCGGACACCGUGGAGGGAACCACCCUUUUGCCCAGCGAAGACAUCACCACUGUGGGAUCCAACUCCGCCGGCAUGCCGGUGAACGGGAAGGAGCAGGAGAAGCAGCAGCAGCAACCGCAGCAGAACUCCAGUCAGUCCGCCAGCCAGCAGAAACAGAAGCGGCACCGGACGCGCUUCACUCCGGCUCAGCUGAACGAGCUGGAGCGCAGCUUCGCCAAAACCCACUACCCCGACAUCUUCAUGAGGGAGGAACUGGCGCUGAGGAUCGGCCUCACCGAGUCUAGAGUCCAGGUUUGGUUCCAGAACAGACGCGCCAAGUGGAAGAAACGGAAGAAGACCACCAACGUUUUCCGCGCCCCGGGGACGCUGCUCCCCACGCCGGGCCUUCCACAGUUCUCUGCCGCGGCCGCCAUGGAGAACAGCCUGUGCUCGUUCCACGCCAACGACUCGCGCUGGGCCACGGGGAUGCCCGGGGUCUCCCAGCUGCAGCUCCCGCCGGCCCUGGGUCGCCAGCCGGGCAUGGCGCAGUCUCUGUCACAGUGCAGCCUGGGCCCAGGCCCUCCGCCGAACUCCAUGGGUCUUUCCAACGGCCUGUCCUCCAACGGCUCCGGUCUGCAGUCCCACCUCUACCAGACGCCUUUCCCCGGAAUGUCGGCGUCUCUCUCCGGCCCCACGAACGUACCGGGCUCCCCGCAGCUUUGUAGCUCCCCGGACAGUGACAUGUGGAGAGGGACAAGCAUCGCCUCACUGAGGCGCAAAGCGCUGGAGCACACAGUGUCCAUGAGUUUCACUUAGUGACUUCUCACCCUACCGCACCGCAUCCCGCUCCUCUCAGCGCCUCCCUGCGGCUUCUUUUUCUGUUUUACUCAGUUUAGAUCCAGACCAGAGAAAGAAAUGCGAAAUGCGAGAGAAUGGAACUGAACGUGACCAGAAAAUAAAAGGACAGAACAAUCGGACACGAUGAAGGUGGAAAAACGAUUUUUUUUGGUUGUUUAUCUUGUUUCAAAUGGAUUUGAGCAACAACUGAUGAUGAAUACUGUAACGAUCUCUAGAUUCUAGGUCCUGACUACUGAGAGCCAAACAAUCGUUGUAUCUAUGUUUGAUGAACGUGUCUUUACGCACACGUUGUUGUAUUUGGGUGACGUUGUGUUAUGUUAAACGGAUAUUUAUAUGGUUGGAGUUUGGUACGAGUCCGCCCCCCCCAUUCACCCACCCACACACACACGCACACACGCACGCGCGCGCACUUUUCACACUGAUGGAGACUUUACCGGGUCUGAGGCGCGCGCUGUGUGGAUUUAGGCUUAUAAUUAAAAGGAGAGCGAUGCCCAUUCAGAGUUCCUUUAAUAAUAAUAAUAAUAAUAAUAAUAAUAAUCCGAGUCUCACCUGGAGGUGGGACAAACAUAGACAAAGGGAAAACCCGGUCUCUCGGUCUGUUUUAGGAUGUUUUGUGUAGAUGAAACAUUCUUGCUGUACACGCUGGUCUUAUUUGUGACAUGUUUAACUUACUGUAUGUGAUUUUACUUGAGUCAUUUCUUAAAUGUUUGAUCUCACACCGAAACGCGCCACGCAGACGGCUUUGUACCGAUUUCAAACGAACACACAAAUAAAAGUACUUUUCAAGAA